CCCGCCCGGAGAGCAGGCAGCUCGGCGGGGCGGGGCCGCCGCUCGCCCCUCUCCCCAAGAGAAGAGCCAUGCAGGCCCGGCCGAGUUCCCGGCAGGAGACGUUAGCCCUGCGGCGGCGGCUCAUCGGCUCUUCCUGCAAGCUCUUUUUUCCUGAAGAUCCAGUGAAGAUUGUUAGGGCAAAAGGCCAGUAUAUAUAUGAUGAACAUGGAAGAGAAUACCUUGACUGUAUCAACAAUGUGUCUCAUGUUGGGCACUGCCAUCCGGAUGUAGUAAAAGCAGCACAUGAACAGAAUCGGUUGCUAAAUACAAAUUCUCGCUAUCUCCAUGACAAUUUGGUGGAUUAUGCAAAGAGACUUUCUAAAACACUGCCUGAGAAGCUGUGCAAAUUCUAUUUUUUGAAUUCAGGAUCAGAAGCCAAUGAUCUUGCUUUGAGAUUGGCACGACAAUAUACAAAACAUGAGGAUGUUAUUGUUCUGGACCAUGCUUACCAUGGACAUCUGACAUCCUUGAUUGACAUAAGUCCAUAUAAAUUCAGAAAUCUAGAAGGACAAAAGGAAUGGGUCCACGUGGCUCCUCUCCCAGACACAUACCGUGGAAUAUACAGAGAAGACCAUAAGGAUUCAGUCCUAGCCUAUGCCAACGAAGUGAAAAAAAUAAUUGAGCAAGCACAAAAAAAGGGCAGAAAGAUUGCUGCAUUUUUCAUCGAAUCUUUGCCAAGUGUUGGUGGUCAGAUCAUUCCACCAGAAGGUUAUUUCCAGAUGAUAGCAGAACACGUACACAAGGCAGGAGGAGUUUUUGUUGCUGAUGAAAUUCAGGUCGGCUUUGGCAGGGUUGGCAAAUGUUUUUGGGCAUUCCAGCUUCAGGGAGAGGAUUUCGUACCUGAUAUUGUCACUAUGGGCAAACCAAUGGGAAAUGGGCACCCCAUCGCCUGUGUAGCAACAACUAAAGAAAUUGCAGAAGCAUUUGCAGACACUGGAGUGGAGUAUUUUAAUACAUUUGGAGGAAAUCCUGUUUCAUGUGCAAUAGGUUUAGCAGUUUUAGAUGUGAUUGAGAAGGAACAUCUUCGAGCACAUGCCACACAAGUAGGCAACUUCUUGAUGGAAUUACUGAAUCAGCAGAAGGUCAAGCAUCCUAUCAUUGGUGAUGUCAGGGGUGUUGGAUUAUUUAUUGGAGUGGAUUUGAUAAAAGAUCAAGAGAAAAGGACCCCAGCUACUAAAGAAGCUGAGUAUUUAAUAACAAGAUUAAAGAGAGAAUAUAUUCUGUUAAGUACAGAUGGUCCAGGAAGAAAUGUGCUUAAGUUCAAGCCUCCACUGUGCUUUACUAUGGACAAUGCCAAAUUAGUUGUGGACAAAAUGGAUGAAAUAUUAACAGACAUGGAAAGAGAAAAGACAUGUGAGCUAGUAGGAAAUCACCAUUAACUUCAGGCCUCAGCUCUAUCUGGCCAGAUCUUCUUGACUGGAUCUUCUUCCUUGAAAGUGAUGAACACAAAGCCUCUCCUUUUGUUGGUCUUUGGAUCCAUUGGAAGUUCAAUUGCUUCAAUCUGAAAAACAUUAAAUAUUACAAUUUCAGGACCAUUA